UUAGAAGCUCUUGAACUUAACAAGCAAUCAUGCCGCGAAUUAUUAUCAAAGGUGGUGUUUGGAGAAAUACAGAGGUAUGUGAAAUAUAAGCUUCAAUAAGCUCAAGCAACAGUGUAAGUUUGCACACUUUAAUUUGUAAUCUCAGAUAAAAAUAAUAUGGGUCAUGGAUCAUGAACGCGCUCGUAAGAACUAGUUUUAGUUGAAUGAUUUACAUGUAUCAACCGCCCAGUACUCAGGACAACAAUAGAUCAUUUAGACGUCGGUAAUGAAUUUAAGAUCAAUCAGCUGUCAUUAUACUUUAUCGUUGUGUGAAUCACUCUUGAAUAUCUUACAGUGUAGCUGGUUUUUUUUUCACAAAAAAUUGGAAUAAAAUUGCGUGAUUGUAUUCUGUUUUACCCAAAGGAUGAAAUCCUCAAAGCUGCUGUUAUGAAAUAUGGAAAAAACCAGUGGUCUAGAAUUGCAUCCCUGUUGCAUCGUAAGUCAGCAAAACAGUGCAAAGCUAGAUGGUAAGUUUAAAUGUGAAGAUAACAGGUCUAUCAUUUACCACUCUUCAGAAUAAUAGAAAAACAGUUCAAACUGUAGUGGACUGUUCAUUGGAAUAAUUUUAAGGCUGGUUUUCACUAGCGAUGGAGUCUGAGUCGGAGUCGUAAUCAGAAGCAUAGAACUUUACGAUCUAGAGCAAACAGCGUUCUGCGUUUGUUUACAAUCAAGUGAAAACUGGGUGGUCAGAGUCACAAGCUGAAGUAGAAGAACUAAACUAAUCACAAAGCAUGGGAGUGUGCAUUGUGAUUGGUUUAUCCUUCCACUUCUGCUUCCGAUUCUGACUAUCUGGUUUUCACUAGGGGUGCGUUUGAUUGGGAAAUCUGGAUUUAGAUUUUAAAAUCCAGUUUUUGGAUUUGCAAUCGAACUCGAAAUCCGAAAACAGAUUUUGACGCUGAGAUAUCUGUUUUUGGAUUUUCAUUUUUACUGUCGAUUGGGAAAUCCGAAAAAGGAUUUGAAAAACUGUCCUGAAGAACAGCGGUCUUGCAUGCGCAUGCAUACUAACAGCAAAGACCACUGUUCACGAGAAUAGUUUUGCAAAUUCUUUUUCGGAUUUCGUAAUCGAACAACAAAAAGGGAAAUCCAAAAAAUCCGGAUUUGGAUUUCUUAAUUGAAAUCCACCCGUUUUCGGAUUUCGCGUUCGAUUGGGAAAUCCGGAUUUGGAUUUUGAAAAUCUAAAUCCGGAUUUCCCAAUCGAACGCACCCUAGAUCAUAAGCAACUUACAACUUCGCUUAUGACUCUGACUCUGUUGCUAGUGAAAACCAGCCUUUAUCUGCAGCUUCUGGUUUAUCCCUAGUUUGGAACAUUUUGACUUUAUUGUUAUGUUGAAAAGUAAGUUGACAGUCCAUUGGGGGUCUGGAUUCUCAAUUUUUGAUUCUUGCGUGAAUCGAGAGUUGAGAAUAAGGUAUACAGUGACUUUUCACGUAGUCAACAGCUUUUUCCAGUGAAAACUUACAUGUAAUGCAAAAUAUCUCAAAGAUCAAUAUGCAGUGAUGAUUGCUAUUGCUGAGGUCUACAAUAGUAUGCUUGAGCUUUAUAAAUUCUUUCUCACCUAGAUGGUGCACCUAGAUGUGGAAAAAUGGUUGUCCAAUGGGCGACCUAGUUGAAAAAUUAAUUUCAAACCCUGAUAAGUAUGUUCACCUUGUUGUAGAGUGUUGUCAGUUUCAUCAGGUAAUUAACUUGUCCAGGGAAAAUGACGGUGAGCGAAUUGAUUUUUGGGUGAAGUGACUGCAAUUCUAUCUGUAAGAAUGAAGUCGCUGAUAAAUUUGUGGUUGAUUUGUUGAACCGUUCAUGCAGUUAAAGUAUGGUGGAAAUCUCGGUACCAUAAAAUGUUGUUCGAAUCUUCCCAAGUUUUCUAGAAUAGUAGUGCCAAAUAUUCAAACCUGUUUCUUUAGGGAUAUUUAACCCUCUUGUUUUAAAUUUCAUUUUAGGUAUGAAUGGCUUGACCCCAGCAUUAAAAAGGUGAGAAACAAUUUUAGUGUAAAGGCUCAUAGAUUUAAACUGAACACUUUCAACCUCAUUGCCAUGUGUCCUGCUUCUUGAGGGUAGUGGUAGUGCUACGCCUGGGAAGCUGUUAUAAAUACAUGGUUGUUUGCCAUUUUUACCUUCAAGACAAAGGUUUUAAUAUCUUUGAAAAAGAUACAUGACUAUUAAAUCAUCAGCUAGAGAAACAGAAUGGAGUGGUUAGGGGGUGAGAGUCCAAACUAACAUUCUCUAGAUUUCGAUUUUAAAACAAUAUAGCAUCAGGCCCAAAGGGUUACCAUUUUUGUUGUCUGUUGGUGAUGAAAAUUGAGAAAAUGUGUUAAUAUCUUCAAGUAGGCUGAACCUUCAUACACUGUGCAUGUACAUGUGAGCAUUAUGCAUUGUUAUGACAUCCUUCCCUAAACAGUAUUGGUAGGUGCAAUUGUAUCAGAUUUUACUGUAAAUACUUGUUUCAUUUGCAGACUGAGUGGAGUCGCGAAGAAGAUGAAAAGCUACUUCAUCUGGCAAAGUUGAUGCCCACACAGUGGAGAACUAUUGCACCCCUUAUUGGUCGCACUGCUUCACAGUGUUUAGAACGAUAUGAGUUUCUCCUGUAAGUGAUUCACUUCCUUUUUCUGAUUAGAAUGUAUUAAUUUGUUUUUCCAUUGAAUUGCUUUUACACUCGAACCUCCACUAACAGCCACCUGUCUUCAACAGCCAUAUUUUUGGCUUACAGUCCAUACAUUCACUCUUGUUUCAACCUCUCCCAGUCUCUACAAUGGCCACCUCUCUUGUCUACAAUGGCCACUUCCUUCUGUCCCUAAGGUGGCCAUUGUAGAGAGGUUCAACUGUCUUAUUCUACUGUAGUAUCAAUUCUUUCUCCCUCCUUGGUAGAUGGGGUUAAAUUUGCGUACUAUGUACAUUUGUGGGUAAUUAAUGCAAUCAGUUACAUGUACCACCGCAGUAGAUUUUAUGUCAUGUCCCAUUGAAGGUUUAACCAGUUGUAUUUUUCACUAAAUUGACACAUCACUGAAUUAGCUGUAAUAGGUACUUUGCAGGAAGUCAUUCAUGUCUGAAAAAGGCUUAUUCCCCUUCCUUGCCAUAAAAUUUUGUGGGGCUCAGAGAACAGCCACUGCACAAAGCUUAGCCAUUUAUAACGUACAUUUGCCUUGUCAAUAAGUAGUUUUGUUCAUGGUAUUGAAACAAAGUACUUUAUGGUAUUUUUCAGAGAUCAAGUUCAAGCGAAAGAAGGAGAAAAAGAUGAAAGUGAGGAUCCACGCAAACUUCGGCCUGGAGAAAUUGAUCCAAACCCAGAAACAAAACCAGCUCGUCCAGACCCGAUUGAUAUGGAUGAAGAUGGUAGGAGGUUUCUUUUGUUCAGUUAGACCUUUAUCCUCUGUGGACAUCAAUAUGGCUUUAUAGCCUGCAUCACAGAUGUAAUUUAACCUCAGUUAAUAACGUCUGCAAAGCUGGGGGGAGAUCCCUGUUCUGGGCCCCCAAUGGAUUCAGUGAAUUAUCGGAAAUGCAUUUCCAAUUUCCUUUCAUCCUGAUUGGCAAGUCAACAAUGGCUUUUUGUAACAUGCCAAUCAUUGUGCUAACUCAAAUCCUGGUACACAGGUGGUGGCCUACAAUGGAGGACAAAAGAACUGGGGACUGUGUGAAAAAGCCUUCCAAGUAAUUGUUACGUAGGACUCUGCUCUUCAUAACAAUUUUUUGAUGGGGUUUAAGUUCAUUGUGUUUUCUCCCCGCUCGACCCUCCCCCCCCCCCCCCCCCCCCCCAAAUUUUUGGCGUUAAAAAACCCCCCUUUUCCCCCCUUUUUCUCCAAAUUUAAAUUUUUUUUGGGGGGGGGGGGGGGGGGUUUUUUUUUUAUAAACUUUUCUCGGAAGGGCCCCACACCUUUUUCCCCCCAUCCACAAACAGGGGUUUUCCCAGAUUGAAAUCAACAAAAUGUGUUUUUUAAAGUCCGAAAACAUUGCGGAAAACAUAGUCGGGUGACUAGGGGGGGGGACAAAAAUGGGGAAAAAAAAAGGGGGGAGCUUGUUAAAAAGCCUUUGUAUAUUAUUGGUAUUGUAGCCUUCGUUUUUAAUAAAAUUUUUUUUUGGGGGUUAAUUUUUUUUUUUUUUUCCCCCCCCGCACCCCCCCCCCCCCCCCCCCCAGCAAUGUUGUGGCUUAAUAAAGCACUCAUUUUCACCCAUUUUGCUCAAAAUUCAACUUUGUUUGGGGUGGGAGGGGAGGGGUUACUAGUUUUACUAACUUCACUGGAAAGGUCCCAACACUUUUGACCUCCAUUGCAGAACGAGGAUUUUGGUGCUGUUUUGCAGAGGUUCUUAACUAACUAAAUUUAAGUUUUUUCUGUUGCACAGCUUACAUUUAUAUGGCUUGGUGACGCUGUUAUCUUUGAUUUUUGAUCGUUAGAACUGGAGAUGCUGUCUGAGGCAAGAGCCCGUUUGGCAAACACUCAAGGAAAGAAGGCCAAGAGAAAAGCAAGAGAGAAACAGCUUGAAGAGGCUAGGUGAGGUUCUGUUACAUGACUUGUUAAGUACCAAAAAGUAUGCAGCUGUACAGAAGAGUGACAAAAAGUUACAAGUAAGAAAUGUCUUUAAGUUGAAAACUCGACAAUUUUUCUUUACUCACUUUAUUUUCCUGUUGGCUUUAGCUCAAGAAAUCUAUAGAAACAUGCUGUACCCAGGGUUGUCAGAAAGUUUUGAAGUAGACGGUUGAGUUGUCAAAGUAAGCGGCCAGUCCAGGGAUAGUUUAUUUAGAAAACACCAUCUGUAAAGAAAUGCUAAGCAGAGUAGCCGGCCGAUACAAACCAAGAAGGCAGCAAUUUUCGCUGGCAGCCGGCUACUUUUGACAACCCUGUGUAUCAAUGACUUAAGAUGACUUAGAUGCUUAAGACGACUUUUACAUGUACAUCUAGUAUAAAAGCAGUGAACAAUACUUACACAUCAAACAUCUUCUGAUUAAUUUUUAACAUCUUCUGUUAAGUACAUCAUUCAGAUGCGCUUAAAUGUCUCAGACAUUACAAUGGGUUUAGUUUUAAAACAGAAUGCUGGAAACUGUGACAUCUUUAUGACCAAUUCAUCCAGAGAGGACUGGAAAGAGUUAGUGUUUUGUCUUUUUUUUCAGAAAAUGUAAAUGUCAUCUACUUUUAUGCAUCCUGUUUUUACACCAGUCAGCUUAAACAUCUGUGACUUCAAUUGUUCUAGAGGACUUUAAGACACUAUCUCCUGCAUAAAAAUGACCAUUUUGUCCAUAGACUAAAAUACACCUGUAGUUGCAACCAAAAUUUAUUGUGUAUAACGAUGUCUUCAUAACUGAAUCAAGUUAAAAUGAUUAAGAACUUACAAUGUUUGAAGCGCUCAAGAAAUGAGUUGGUGAGUUAUUGGGAGACCACUAACUAUCCGUAGUUUAUCAGUGGUGCAAAUUGCAUUUCAGGCGUCUUGCUGCUUUACAGAAAAGAAGGGAGCUUAGGGCUGCUGGUAUUGAGUAAGUAACCAUGUUGUGGUUUAUACAUUUUCUUAGUUUUCCUGUUAUUUUAAGGAAUUUUUCUGUGUCAGUACCUGACCAUUAUCAAAUUUUCUAUUUCUUGAUAGUGGUUUAACUGUCUUUGCUCUUGCACAUGUAUUUAAAAGAUUUUGGUAAUAAUUUGUGAGUUAAGCAUAACUAUAGGAUCAAGAAUAUAAUGAUUAUUCUAAUUGGUAACUAAAGCUCAUUUCAGAAUUUUGUACUUCUACUGAUUGCAGUAAAUAGGUACCUUAAGAAAGUUUAAUUCCUCUCCAAAGUCUAUUCAAGCAUGUUCACUGUAGAAUUCCAAAAAUUAUUCCCUUUGAAUAUAAGGCCCCCAAGUGAGGAAUGUCUCCACUAUCCUCAAAAGGCUUUCUCAGCAAAAUUCCCCAGAACAAAUGAGCUAAAGAAGCCUUUGUAAAAAUGUACCUCUAGCUGGAAUAACCUGUAUGCACUACAUUGAAUUUUUUUUACUUUUGCAUGACUCUGAGUUGACUUUCAAGGUAGUAAAAUAAAUUCAUUUCAAAUCCCACGUGUUUUGAACAGAAUCAGGAAGCAUCGCAAGAAAAGGAGAGGAGUAGAUUACAAUGCUGAGAUUCCAUUUGAAAAGAGACCAGCUCAAGGUGCAUAUCUAGAAUUUAUUAACUGUAUUUAUUUAUUUACUUUUUGGUGAAUGUGCUUUCAAUCUUUCACACUAAUUUCUGCAUGUCUGGUAAGGAUAUAAGACCAAUAAACAAGCUUUUUUUUCAACAGGUUUUUAUGACACUGGUGAAGAAGAGCUUCCAGACUAUCAACCUGAUUUUAAAAAGCUUCGCCAGGAUCACUUGGAUGGCAAAAUGAGAGAUGAUAUCGAACAGGUUAUUUACAGUAACUCUUUAACACUGUAUUUAACAUUCUCAGCUUCAACUACAUUUACAGUUUAGUAGGUAAAUACUUAUUUUAAAUGUUAUUUUAAACCUUCUUUCAUUAAGUCUCACAUUUUUGUUUGCAGCAAGAAAGAAAGGAAGACAAAAAAAAGAUGAAAAAGAGAAAGGAGGAUGACCUUCCUGGAGCGGUCAUGCAAAUUAACAAGUAAGACAUACGCUGUCACUAUUAUUUUCAUCCCUCAUCCCUAUUGCUUGCAAGAUAAUCGUUCACAAUGUGUUACUGCAUUGGACUGUACAUUUUUUUAGCUACAGGGUCUUAAACUACUUGUUAAUUUGUGCAUUAGGCUCUGUUCAAACUACACAAAAUUUUUUCAUUGUCAUUGUUUUUUUAAAAAAAAAAAAAAAAUCUGUCAACAGAAAGCCAUUUCUAGAGCAAACAAUUUUUUUCACCCACCAAAAUUUUUUCAAGAGUAACCAAACUUCUAGAAAGUUUGGAGGCUUACAAAGUUUUGUCAGGAGACAAAAUCCUUUGCUCCUUGACAGCUAUCCUACAUUGGGUCAUCUUAUUCCUCAAACAUGACCAGUUAUAGUUCCUUGAACUAUGACAUUUUUGGUUGCAUGAAAACUUUCCAGUUCCUCAGGUGCGAACAAGGGUACAAAAACGAAAAACUGGUAACUACAAAAUUUCUAAUUUUUUUACAAACGCCCAACUUUAUUUUUUGUUGUAGUGCAAACAGGGCCUUAGUACUUUAAACUUGAUGCUAAUGAACUCUUUUGUUCUAAGGAUGGGUUUAUGUUACAGUUUUAGGCAGCAACUAAUAAUAUUAUAUUAUAGAAGGCACAACAAGAAAGUACCAUAAAAUUUCGAAAAUAUGCCCCUCCAUGUAUAAGGCCCUCCAAAUAUAAGCCCCCCAAAAUCGUAAUGCAAAAAACCCGCCGUUAAAUCGCCCCUCCAAAUAUAGGCCCCCCAGGGAGCUUGUACUUGGAAUUUGCCCUUGAAUACAAAGUAAAACAAAGCAAAAAAUGGUAAAUUUCCUUCCCACUACAAGCUAGCCCAAUCGAUUUUGAAACGCAAAUUUCCCUCUGUACAUAAGCCCCUCCAAAUGCCCCUCCAAAAAUAAGCCCCUCAAAAAGGGCCUUUGAAAAAUAUAAGCCCUGCGGCUUAUUUUUGGAAUUUUACGUUAACAGGCAAAUUUUUUGUGGCAGUGAGGCACACAACUCUAGGGGUAAGGGUAAACAAACUCGGGGAGGAGCCCGCCUGAAGCUUUACAAUAGACUUGACCAUUAACAUUACUUAGCAGUGUGCAAAGAAAGUACGGUUGAACCUCCAUCAAGCAGCCAACUUCGUGGUACCAGCAAGUGGCUGCUUAAUGAUGGCUGGCCACUGAGUAGAGGCUGGUCAUAAACUCAGCUUAAUCUUUAGCAGAAACAUCACAUUAUCUUGAAACAAACGCUCGCCUGAAGAAGCAUUGCUAACUCAGACUGUAUUUCCCUCAUCAUAUUCUUAAUCCUUUAUAAUAAUAAUCAUCAUCUUUAUUGAGGAAACUUUUUCAUAAAAGAUAUGGUUUUCAAAAAGGACCUCCAAAACUAGAUAUUAAGAAAGUACGAUUGAACCUCCAUCAAGCAGCCAACUUUGUGGUACCAGCAAGUGGCUGCUUAAUGGAGGCUGACCAGCAUCAAUUUUCUCCCAAUGAUAUCCAUACGUUGUCAAGAGCCUAGGUUAUGAGAAGUAAUAAAAUGAUCACCUAAGAGAAAAUCGCUGUGAUCUUUUAUCAAAUUUUCUCAACUCAUUCUUUAAGUUUGGAGAAUUUGUAUGUGGAUAUUGGGGCUUAAAGGGUUAAAAUAAAGCCAAACUAAGGGUAUCAAGCAAUAGACCUUUUUACCGAUACGGUGGCCAUAUUGAAUUAAUUUGUUUUAAGGAGUAUUAUAGGAUGCCCAGGGGGCAUGAGCACAUUUUGUUUGUAUUUUCGAGCGCUUUUCAGGACGUUUUUUCUUAAAGUUUUUUUAGAAUAAGAUUGUAAUGGGAAAAAAGAUCCUUGUGCCGUGUUUGGAUGUAAUAAUGAUCGCCUUUUUCUAGUUUAGUAUUAGAAAUAUGGUCUUUCACUGUAGAUUUCUCUGGAAAAAGGUGAUCAUUAUUACAUCCCAACACGACUCAAGGAUCUUUUUCCCAUUAGAAUCUUAUUCUAAGAAAACUUUAAGAAAAAAUGUCCAGAAAAGCGCUCGAAAAUACAAACGAAAUGUGCUCAUGCCCCCUGGGCAUCCUAUAAUACUCCUUAAAUCGAAUUAAUUCAAUAUGGCCACCAUAUUGGUAAAAAGGUCUAUUAAUGGCCACUUAAUAGAGGUGACAACAAUGGGAAAACUCUCACUGGGAGGGCCAAAAGUUAACCGCUGCUGCUUAACAGAGGUGGCCGUUUAAUAGAGGUUUAAUUUCGCAUUCUUUUCUACAAUUGUUUCAGAACUUUGGUUACUGACCGUUUAACGGAGGUUUUGACUGUGUUGUCUGAUAGCUUGGGCCCGAAGCUAGUAGUGAUUUGUUAGCGUAGGGCUAACAAAUCUUUGCAUAAAAAAAGUCCUUGGUGUACAUGUACCAAAUGAUAUUCUCCGCACAAGCUGACAUAUUCUGCCAGUCGCUUGGUCUUUUGUUAUGUUGAGGUUCCACUGCACUGAGUGGCUUUCCAGUUCCUAUCAUCACUGCAAUUUGCACAGUACGUGUAGAUGUACUCUGUACAGCUGUUGUGUCUCAAGAUAGUGUAAUAAUAUUGUUUUAUCCUUGUAGGCUUAACAAUCCUGACUCAGUGAAGAAGCGUAGCAAGCUUGUUCUUCCCAAACCACAGAUAUCUGAUACAGAAUUGGAAGAGGUAGACCCUUUGUUCUCACUGAUGCAAAAUUAAUAUUAAAAAAUAUUAUCGGAGUAGGCUUUUCCUGAAUGUUUCCAGUAUGAAGUACUGCUUGGUCCAUCAAUGGUUAUUCCUCUAAGAUAGUUGUCUGCGCUAUAUUUGCUUAGUAUAAUUUAGUUUAACACAGAUAUUUUCAGACAUUCAAGUAAAACACAGCAGAACCAUCUGGGCUGAGUUGUUCAAAGCUGGGUUAAGAUAACCUAGGGUUAGUGCGAGAUUUUAAUUCAGAUAUGAAAGCUUAAAAAGCAAUUUCAGUUUUAAUUCUUUUUGUCUAAAAGAUGAUGAUUGGAAGCUCUAAAAAUAACAGAGAAAAUUAUCCUCGAAAAUGCUUCAGAACACAAGAAAAAGAAGCCCAGGUUAAAUUUAACCCCGGGUUAAGCGCUAACCGGCCUUCGAACAACUGGGCCCUGGAGGAUAGUUGCUUCCUUAGAAAGGUUUACAUGGAAAGUAAAACCCCGCGACUAAGUACCUGGAUUUUAAGAACCUGUUAGGCUAAAACGCCCCAGUUAAGUCCCCUCUACAUGCAUAUAAAAACCUGUUUAGCCUAGAAUUUAAAGCUGGUUCUUAUUUUCUAAAAUCUAUGAAAAAAUUCUGUACACUUGAGCAAAGAAGAUAAGUCAACAUUCAGAAUCCUCUUUGGAGACAUAGGUGCCUUAUUACUCCAACUGUAAUGUAAACGCCAAUGUUUAAAUCAAAUAAAAUUGUUAUUUAUACAAUUACAAAUUAAAUACAAGUCUCCUUUUAAUGUUUAUUUCUACACAACUUCUAAUUUGGUAUGCAGAUUUUGUCUUAGGAUUAAGAUAAAUCAGAAAUACUGUUACCUAUAAUUUAUUGUAUUUUUUUUUCCAGAAAAUUAGAAACUAUUUAACAACCUAAAUAGCCUAAACUUUUGCCAACUACCAUUUAUAUAAGAACCUGUUCAGGCUAACUUAAAAAAAUAAAGGUUCUUAGUUGCGGGGUUUUACUUACUGUACAUCUUGUAACGGUGUUGACUGUCAGCAAGUUGACUGUAUUAUUAUUUUGUUACACUGUAGAUUGUGAAAAUGGGCCAAGCAAGUGAAUCAGCUCGUCUGUCAGUAGAGGACAGUACCAUGGCAUCAAAUGCUCUUUUGAGUGAGUACUCAGUGACUCCUGCCGCAGCUCAUGCAUUGCGGACUCCGCGUACCCCUGCAGAGCAGGACACGGUAUUACAGGUAGGGUGAAUCAACAACAUACGAUUCUCUGGAAUAGACCUUAUUCACGAUACUCACCAUCUUCGCACGCGCAAAUUGAUGGGAUAAAAGCAAUCUCACGUGGCAUUUCAGGGGGCAAACAAGUGUUAAAAUUUGCCGAUACAAGAAAUCGCGGUCGACUUUGUUUAUUCUAGACAACAGAAAAAAUGAACUGUUUCUGCCAAAGACGAUAAUGGCAAAUGAUGGGUGGAAGUGAUUGUUUCUACUUUUUUGGAUGUAGUAGCGUUUGUAGACGUUCCCACAGCAAGCAAUAAUAAUAUUAGGGACCUUAAGCAACAGCGACGACGACGGCAGUGAAUACAUCACUAAAAAACUGAAUUUGCGUCCUUUCAAACUUAAUCGCGUCUAUUUGAAGCCGCACAAUUCGUCAAAUUUAGGCGAGUUUUGCUGGAGUUGAAUUCGUAACGACUUUAUCCAUAUUCAAAUAGAGAAAGGAUAAUUUCUCAUCGUAUGUCCACAUCCUCCACAAAACGUCGCCUUGGGAGGUUUCACGUCGUAGUCGUGCAGUGGACGUCAAAGAAAUGUACUAAAAAGCGUGAUGCACGUGCAGAGCAGUUGUUUUCAUAUAAAACCAAUUGUUUGUUGUCGUUGUCGUUGUCGUCGUCUUCGUUGUUGCUAAAGCUCCCUAAUUAUUUUUUUCUCUUUACAGGAGGCUCAAAACAUCUUGGCAUUAUCGAAUGUGGACACACCCUUGAAAGGCGGCAUGAACACACCUCUGACAGAGAGUAAUUUUGAAGGCGUUACCCCUAAACAUCAGGCAAUUCAAACUCCUAAUAUGAUGCUUACAACUCCUUACAGAACUCCACAGGGAGAAGGUACAGGUAAGAUAGACUAUUUUGGAUCUCCAUGCUAUGUUGGGAAGCAAGAAUAGCGUAGUGUUGAGAGCACUCGCCUCCUGCCCAUGUGGCUCGGGUUCAAAUCCCGGUGUCGACGCCAUAUGUGGGUUGAGUUUGUUGUUGGUUCUCGCCUUUGCUCCGAGAGGUUUUUCUCCGGGUACUCCGGUUUUCCCCUCUCCUCAAAAACCAGCACUUCCAAAUUCCAGUGCGAGCAGGAAUCAGGUAGGCAAAGAACCACUUUGUGGAUGUCGUACCUCCAAAUCAUUAUUUAUUUAUUUAUUUAUUUAUUUAUUUAUUUGUUAGCAAUAUGUGCAGUGUUGAAUGUGUAGAAACGUGUUGGAGUUGAGUACAUUGUUUCAAGAAGACGCGUCAAAAGCGUUUAUUUGGGCGGAGUGUAUAUCAAAGGCAGAAAAACUUGAAAGUACACUAAUGAGAAUGUCAGGGCAAGCACGAGAAUAAGGUUGAGAGACUGUAUGCAAGUCACCUUUUUCUUACCGUUGACCAACAACACGAUCACAGCUCCCCGUCCUAACCUGCAAACCAAGAUUUAUUUCAGUUUUCAGGCAGCGAGAAAAGACAACCAAGACAACCUCAAAUAUCGCUGCGCUCGCAGGUAGACCUGGCUUUGCAUGCCCAAGCAUCUGCCAAAAAAAAUGCAACUUUGAAGCCAAUCUGGCGACCGGGAGAACUUUAUUUGGCGCUCCGCUGCUCGCCCUCGUCUUUGACACAUUACGUGAAACAGCAGAGCUGUAUUCAGUCAAAAGUCCAAUAAAAUUUGAGGUUCUUGAGAGCGUUUGCUACCUUGUCUUGGUCUCCAGCCGUAAGUGACUCGAUGCGCUCGGGAUUCUUUCCCCCUCAGGGGUGACCUGGGGAGAAUCGCCAGCGCAUGCUCCAUAAUGACACCCACGGCAGGAGACUGAGCAAUCGUAAUUUCGGUAUGAAACACUGUCUCUCAUUUUUUGAUAAGUUACUUCAAUUUGUCUGUCUCUUGGUUGUCUAAGGUACUACUCCGCGCAUGGGCAGAACACCCCAGAGAGGGAGCGGGGCUGGUGGCGCGGUCACGCCUGGGCGUUCGUCAGUUCGGGAUAAACUCAACAUCAAUCCAGAGGAGGCUUUGAUGGAGGAAUAUGAAGCAGGAUACGGAGCAAAACAACAGCAGGCAAGAAUAUAGUUGCUCUUUUUACAUCGUGAUCUCUUAACUCUUCAGAAAAGUGAAAAUUAGUUGUACUGUUCUUUGAACGCUGUGAGUAAGUGUCCACGUCUGGUUGAUUACGGAUCUUAAGAUCCGACGCGGCGGAAGCGAAAACGUCGCUUGAAGUGACUUCACGUUCUUUCCUUCUUAAUCGCGAUUAUUUCAGCUCAGUUCACUCUGUCAAAUGUAGGUCAACCAUCCUAAAGUUGACCUCCUAAGAGCCAUAUCCAAGUUCAGGAAGAGAGAAGAAAUUUCGUCGUCGCUUGUGUACGUCCUCGCCGUUGUCGGAUCGUAAGGACCCUAAUGCCAAAAACCAUGCCGGAAAGAAACCUGUGCUAACAGGGUAGAUAUAACAGUGUCUCAUGUGUUGUUAUUCGACGGUGACCUGUAACAUACAUCAAACACUUUAAAAAGCAUGCUUUGAUGCUUGCUAAAAUUUAAUUGUUUUCUUAACUUUUAGGCGGAAAUGAAGGCUCAGCUGAAAGCAGGGUUAGCGUCAUUACCAGCACCUUCUAAUGACUUCGAGAUUGUGCUACCUGAGGUAGGGGUUACAGAUGUAUUCAGUGUUAUCAUGAGAUGACCGCAGCUUGUAUCCCUUGCACUAACUGGUACGCACAAAAUCAGAAUUUAUCAAACGUCCCAAACUUUAUUUUCUAAAACUCUACAUGAUAAAUAGUACUAUACCAAAGGAGAGCUGAAGAUGUGGUAACUCUUAAGCUUUUCACUGGAAGAUCCAGGAGUUAAAAUCACCCUUUGAACCGCAAUAAAAGUGCCACAAGCUGUUACUGCUGAGAGAGAUCUUUAUUUAUUCGUAUCAGGGUAGCCCAUUCAGACGCCUUAGGUACUGCUAUCAAUUGGGGCCCUAAAGGGGUUUCAUUUGAAUGCUUGGAACGUAGGAUUUCAUUUCCAGACUCAAAAGUUAGAUCAACACUCCAAAUAAUUAUAGAGUACAUACGGUGUAAAAGUACCGCUGAAGCGGUUUCAGUUGAGUGGUCACACCGUAAGACUUCGCUCGCUGACUCAGUGAGAACCACAUUCCAUCUGACAUUGCUUCACCCGAGUAGAUAGAACUCAAAUCGCUGUGAGCCUCCACUUUUCUCUGUAAUUCGAAGCAAAGCUUGUUGUCUCCCUGCACAAUAAUUUGCUCCUCGUUUAUCCUCGACCUCGAACCCUUUUAGUAAAUCGUUCAGAUAUCAGUGAUAAAAAUCCUAAGUAAAGCGUUCCAGCUAUUUACUUCAAAGAACAUAUAAUUCGUCGCCUGAUAAAGUCUGGUAAGUUGUUCAGAGUAGGCUUCAAAAGAGGUAAACUGAACAAGAGGCGUUAUUGGGGUGAUUUGGCGCGUUUUUGGGUGUGGGCGCUUGUUUGGGUGUGUGCGCGAAGGUGCGAGGCUAGCGACAGGAGGUUAAAAAGUUAAUUUUUUCCCGCCUUUUGCGUGUCUCGCGCUUUGCGAUGGCGCCCUAAUACGCGCCUGAGCGCCCCGAUAACGCCUGUUGCAGAGGCUACAAAAUCGUUUUCCUUUCAAUUUUCAGACUGGAGAAGAGGAGGUAGAUGAGGCCACAGAUGAGAGCUUUGUAGAAGAUGCAGCUGACAUUGAUGCAAGGCGGAUGGCCAUGAAGGCUGCGGAAGGUCUGUUGUCCUGAACUGUAAUCUCAAUACUUCGCUUUUUAUUUAAAUUUCCACGUUCGUUUAUAUUGCUAGAUGUUAGAGUUUUGUAAACGCAUACGAACUCAUGUGCGCGCCGCUAUGAUCCGCACGGGGACCAGGUGACCCGAAGAUUGAUCGUAAACCCGUGAGAAUUCAUCACGCAAUGUCGCAGAGAAAAGUAAAUCAUGAUUCUUUAUACGUUAUCUAGCUGCUUAAAAUAAUGGCUGCAGGAUAUUUCAAGGCAGAAUAAAAACUUAUUUUCCUUGUUGGUUAAUUAUUAACAAACCCCCGCUCAACCUCUUCAGUAUCCAGGGGACACUUGCCUCGGUCCUUACCUGAGGGUUCCGCCAUAAUUAUUAAUUAAUUAAUUUAUUUAUUUAUUUAUUGAGUACAGAAUUAAGAGAGCGAAGACGUCAGUCUCAGGCUGUUCAGCGAGAAAUGCCUCGCCCAUCUGAUGUGAACGCUACUGUUCUGCGGCCGGUUAAUGUCGAUCCUCCUCUCACUGGACUGCAGAAGGUAAAGUUAAAUAGGAAAUUUCUCUUCGCAAGUUAAGUAAGCAGGGCAAUUACUGCGCAGCUUCACCGACAAGUGUAAUCCCUCGUGUCGAUUCUCUAUGUUACAAUGGACGUGUAGAUGUUGCUUAGGUUUGUGUACUAAGUAACGUUUAAGUCAUUGCCCCACUCAGACGAUAUCAUUGAACUGUAUCAAUUGCUUUACGAUUGCUGUCUACCGCCUGUGCUGUGCUCACGAAUAACGAACUUUCGCAACUAGCUUGCAAAGGUAUCUUAUUCAUAUUUAAAAAAUGGUUUCGAGAAGUGAUAAAAAUUGUUUGUAUUUUAACCAACAUGUCAUGAUGAGUGCAUGAAAAGGAUUUUUAGUCUUUAGAAAACCGCAACCUAGUGUAGAGGUAUGUCAUUUCUUUCGCUUUCAAAACUUCCUCCCCAAAAAUGCCUGCAAGUUAUUUCGCCCGAAACCAGAGUUAUGUCACCCGAAAUUCAAUAUUAUCAUGCUCAACAACAUCCUAACGUGUCACAAAUUUAUCGCUUGUUUCGAGUCAUGAUAGUUUAAAAAACGAGAUGUAUUUCACACACUUUUAACUUUAUUUCUCCAUGUACUACACCGAAUAAAAUUUCGGGCGACAUUACUCUUGUUUCGGACGACAAAAUUCGGGCGAGAUGACUUUCGGGCGACUUGACCGGUUUCCCCUGCAUUUGAUUAAAUUGCAAGCUGAACAGUUGCUGUUGUUUUUCAGGCAGAAGAGCUCAUCAAGCGUGAAAUGGUGACCAUGAUAAGAAGCGACAUCGUCAAUCACCCGACAGCUCAACAAAUCGAAAACCUCACGCACAAGAAAUCCAAAAACGCAGCUCAGGCGGUCAUCGCCGCAACCCGCGCCGCUUUGGAAAUCGAGCCACUGGAAUCCUUUACAGAAAAGGAGAUUGCACAUGCUAAGGAACUGCUUGCAAACGAAAUGGAGUUCGUGAGAUCGAAGAUGGCCCAUGGUGAUCUUCCUAUUGAAAGCUACACUAAAGUCUGGGAAGAAUGUUACGCUCAGGUCAGUGUCUUUUGGUCAAAAGGAAGCUUAAGCAAAGCCGUUUUUGACCGGCGCACAUCAACCGAAAGUGAAACGGUCCCAUAAUGCAGUUCGACACAACACUAACCCAGUCUCAACCGUUAUCUCAAAAUGGUUAAUUUGUUGUCAGUUACAAUUACCUUAUUAGGCAAAACUAGGGGCGUCUUUUUGGACUCUACUUCUCACAAUAAGAAAAAUGGUCGGAGACUUUCAGUUUCCUUACUGCGCUAGCGGAGAGUAGUUUUAAGAGUUAAAGGACCCGGCUUGAAAAUGUGCUUUUCAUGCACACAACAGAUAGUUAUGUCUACUCUCGAAUGUUCCUUCAGGCUUACAGUAGUGACCUUAAGAUACACAGUUUCUGCCUACGCGUACGGGUAGGUUGCUAAGGCGACCAUUAUUUCCUAGGACCAGGUCUUUCAAAGCUAGGUUAAGAUAAUCCAGGGUUGUUGCAAAAUUUGAAUAUAGAAGUAAGAGCUUACAAAGCAAAUUCCGUUUAAUUCUUUUAGUCCACAAUUUGAUAAUUGGAUGCUCUUAAAAGUAUUGAGAAACGUUUUCGAGAAAACGCCUUUUGAACAAAAGAAAAAGAAACCUAACCGUUUCUCCGGGGUAAGAGGCACUCUACCGCUACGCGUACCGGUAAUUUACCCGUACCGUCUUCGUGGGUUCUAGUCGAGUGCAUUUGCUAUCACUGUAUUUUUAGGUUUCUGGGAAACUGCCCAGCUACCCCAUAUAAGUUAACAUUGACACUUACUUCUCACUUUGGGCAAAAUGAUGGCUUAGGGGAGGGGUAGGUGGGUAGUUUCCCCAGAAAUCUAAAUUGAUCCUCCUUUUUCCCGGACUACAACUAGAAAACUAGAGCGGUUACGUUUUUUACACUUUCGUUUACUUAGCCACUGACUCGAUGCUGUUUUAACAUCAAGGGGACAGUGUAAAGUGAAUCGUUGCAAAAGAACAACAUAAUUCUAAUAACAUGGGCAUUGUAAUCACCUUUUAAUGACGCGAGGUAAAGUCUUCAAUAAUUGAGCCAUCUCCAUCUGGGCCAACUCAACCAGACAGCCAAGGACACGGUUUAGAUAUGAGCAAGUUCUAAUGUCGACGGAGUCUAGGGAUUUUUUUCAAACUAAUUCUUUGGUUUUGAUUGCUUUCUUUUUGUAGGUACUGUUUUUACCAACACAACAGCGUUACACCCGAGCGGCGUUAGCCAGCAAAAAGGACAGGCUAGAAUCGUUAGAAAAGCGACUUGAGGUAAGCUGUUAUGAAGAGCGCGUUUUAUUAUUAAUCUUUCAGCAAAAACGUUUCCCGACGUUUCCAAAAGAUGGGACGUGUUUCUUAAUUAAUCUAAUCUCUCUUUACUCUUUUCCUCUCUCAUCUCAUUUCAAUUUUUAUUUCUUCUCCACUUUUGUUUUUUCAUGUUAAACGUGUAGAUGAACCGAACGCAUAUGACGGAAGAUGCGAAACGUGCAGCCAAAAUAGAAAAGAAGCUGAAAGUUCUUCUUGGUGGUUAUCAGGUACAAAGGGCAACAUACUAUUACAUGUAUUUUUUGUUUUUUGUUUUUUUCAAAUGAAUUGGUAAUUGCAAUUUAAGCAGUUGCAAAUUAAGCCGAAAAAAAAAUUCGGGAGUUUACGGGAUUCGAACCCAUGGCCGCUCCGUUAGCGCUGCAGUGCUCUACCAAUUGAGCUAUAAAGACUUAUACAUUGGGAACAGACCAAUUUGUUGAGUUCAUCUUAACCCAUGAAUGGAAUGAAACAUAUGAAGAUGAUGUGAACUGCCGAAAUACAAAUUUUUACGUGAAGAUAUGAUCGUCGCAUGUAUGAGUCUCGAAACAGAACACAGAACAUUGAGCCGCAUAUUUGUGAUUGUCUCCUCUUCCUGCCUUUUAGCCUGCGAGAAUGCUCUAAAUUUUGAGCGUCAAGCGAAGUGGACCGCGAGGUGCGGAAGGGAACAUAGGUGUAAUUAGUUUUCUUAACUCGAUCACAGGAGAUGGAAUCACUGGAGCGAACCAACCAGCAGUAUUUGUGGCAAUUUCGUGUAGACUGCGUCCAGCUCAAGAAAACGCGUGUUCCCGCGAUUGCCCUUUUCUUUUUUCAACUCCUGAUUGGUUGAGAAAUUAAGGCGUGCAUUCUGAUUCAAUCACAAAGCUUCUUUUCGUUGCCAGCUCAAAGUGCGGGAAAACGCGUGCUCCCGUGAUUACCCUUUUUUCUUUCCUCUAGCCCUGAUUGGUUGAGAAAUUAGAGCGAGAAUAUAUGUAAUAUUUGUGUACAGCGUGAGGCGCAGGAAGGCGCGUGUUCCCGUGAUUACUCUUGUUUUCUCCACUCCUGACUGGUUGAGAAAUCAGAGCGUGAAUUUUUAUCUAAUCACAAAGCUUAGCGAUUCAAAACUAAGAAAUGUUGUAGUUACUCUCAAUACUAAAUUGAAAUAUUUCUAUAUUAUUUUUGUCUUUAGAGUCGAAGUGUUGGUUUGACUAAGCAGAUCAGUGACCUUUACGAGCAGAUUGAACAAGUUCACAUAGAGAAGGAAACGUUCAGAUCCCUCAGAGAUCACGAACUUAGAGCCAUUCCCAAAAGAGUCGAGGUACAGAUAUUGAUUUAAUUUAGUCUUGCAUUUUGAUCAAGACGCAAGCGUCAACAAAGCCAAUUGAACCGACAACGGGUGAAACGCUCUUGGAUCGAGAUAGUGGCUACCUUUGGCCCAGCCAUGUCGAAAGUGAUGCGUUUUCGAAAAACCUUCGUUGUUUUGUUCUCAGAUCGCAUCAAAGGCACCGCCUCCACACUAGCGUGCAUUGUUUUUGAUCGUAGUCUCGAAGUCAUCGAAAACGCAUACUGGCCAUAAGUUUUCGUUUCCAAGCUAUUCUCGAACGUAUUAUUUUUCAGUAUCCCUCGUUAAUAAAUUGUGGUGCCGGGUUAUACUCGUUAGCGUUUUCGGAGACCGUCGGGUUUUCUGUCGUUUACACUUGAAAGAUAGACCCACUUUUUUCAUUGUUUUAGUGUGAAGGCAAGGCAAAAAGCGUAAUAUUAAUGCUUUGAGCAUAAAAUUCCUUGCAAAAACGUCCACAAAAAGAGCAUUUAGCAAGUAGAUUUAGGUGUGGACAAAAGUGGUUUGUAAUGCUGAAUGUAGCUUGAUAGAAUUCCGAGCGAAGUGUAUUGCAUGUGAUGUUAUACUAAGACAAGAACCUCUACACUGCAUCUACCCUGCACGCAGAGGUUUUUUUCUGGCAUAAUUGUAGCAUUUCCGAAAUCUGUAGCUUUUCAUCCACAACCUUGUUACUUGCUGUCUUGUUAUGUAUUCUAAGUUUUGAAUGAAAGAGCUUUAAUAUCUUCUAAAAUACCUUCUGAAAUUUUAGUAUAUUGAUAAACUGAUUUUCGUAGUUUUAACUGUUUUUUUUCUUGCAGUCACUUAGAGAAGAUGUGCGGCGACAAACAGACCGUGAGCACCAACUGCAAAAUCGCUACUCGCAUAUGUUGUACGAGAGAGACGCCCUUUACGGCCAAAUGCCACAUCAGUGAGAAUUACUAUCGUGGUUCUACCCAUAACCAGCGGCCUCAGUUUCAAACGAACAUUAAUGUGAAAACCUUCAUUUCGCUUCUCUUUUCUCACAUCAGUAAAUUCCACAUGUGCGUGUAUGUGUAGUGAUUACCUAAUGGGCGUUUUUUCCGUCUUUACAUGGACAUUGUAAGUUACCAGCGAGAGAAGACGGGAAAUCUCAAUGCAAUUUCCUCACUUUAUCAUCGAUUUAACGCAAGUAAAACCCUAUUGGACGACCGUCU